AUGAGGACAUUCCAGUGCCAAAGUCAGCCUGCGCAGCGCGGAGCCUCCAGCAGCCUGUCCAGCCUCAGCAGAAGCGCCAUGAGUCCACUCAGCACGGCCAGCAUCACACUCGCAGCCCUACUCAUCCUAACCAUCCCAGUCUGCAAAAGUGCUCCAGCAGAACUUCAGCAAGCCACAACAGAUCAGCGGCAGCUCCUCAACCAGAUAGACGCUGUGUGCUCAUCCUACCUCUCUGCAGACCUGGAGUUAUUGGCAUCUGAUGUCUUAGGAGAACUCUGUGUCUUGAUGCUGGUUCAGAAGUCAAAGGAGCUGAAAGUGCGAGAAAAUAGUAAAAGGACCCCUGUGUUGCACCCUCUCCUGCAUCUACUUUCUCAACUCCAUACUGGAAGAGAGAGAGGACUCUCAAUGCACGCUGAACUCCAGGGACCUGGGGGAAUCCAGAGCAGAGGUUACUUCCUCUAUCGACCACGAAAUGGAAGAAGAUCCUUAGAAUAUGAGUAA